CAAUGGGAGAUUUUCAUAGAUCAAGUGUCGCUAUAACAGAAAGACUUUUUCAUGCCUGCAUGUUUGCUGAACUUUACAGCCAGUCGCUGCCAGCAGGAAGCUCACUUCUUUCGGCUUUUCUGAGUCUCAAAGUCCACUAUCACCAUGUCAGACACAGAGGAUGUCGAGCAUUUUGAGGAAGGGGAAGAAGAGAAGCCAAAGUUCAAGCCAUCAGCACCCAAGAUCCCAGAUGGUGAUAAAGUGGACUUUGAUGACAUUCAGAAGAAGCGCCACAACAAGGAUAACCAAGAGCUGCAGGGCCUCAUCGAUGCUCACUUCGAGCAAAGGAAGAAGGAGGAGCAGGAACUGAUCGCCCUCAAGGAGAGAAUGGAGAAGCGCAGAGCUGAGAGGGCAGAGCAGCAGAGGGUCCGGGCUGAAAAGGAUAAGGAGCGCCAGGCCAGGCGUGAGGAGGAGAGACGGAGGAAGGAGGAGGAAGAUGCCAAGAAGAAGGCAGACGAAGACGCCAAGAAGAAGUCAGCUCUGUCUGGUAUGGGCUCCAACUACAGCAGCCAUCUGCAAAAGGCCGAUGCCAAGAAAGGCGGCAAGAAACAAACAGAGAGAGAGAAGAAGAAAAAGAUCCUGGCUGAUAGACGCAAGCCGCUCAACGUCGACCAUCUCAACGAGGACAAACUGAGGGACAAAGCGCAGGAGCUGUUCGACUGGAUCAAGACCCUGGAGGCUGAGAAAUUUGAGCACAUGGAGAGGCUGAAGAGGCAGAAGUAUGAGGUUACUACGCUCCGCAGGAGAGUGGAGGAGCUCGGCAAAUUCAGCAAGAAGGGCGCCGGCGCUCGUCGCAGAAAGUAAGCGGGUCGUCGUGCAGGCCGAGACCCCCACCACGAAGACGGACGACCUACACCCGGACUCGACCGACUCUUCCUCGUCUUGGACUGUUUAGCUCCCUUUUUAUGUCAUGUAAAUAAAGUGUGACUUAAAGCCUCUGUCAGUAGCUACUUGUUCCUAUUGAAACAUCAAUAAAAUAGUUGUUUUUAGA